CAGCGCAACAACCACCUCCCUCCGUAUAUAGAAAACGUAUACUAUACGGUCUUUUAUACACGUACACGUGUGUCGUGACGUGGAUGUAGUCUUGGCGCUCCUCCUCUUCUCUCUCUCUCUUGUUGUUUCUGCAAAGUUCACACUGUGUUCUUGCUCUGUUUCUAUGGAGAGAGAAAUUGCAGAAGUUGGGAAGAAAGCUUAGGGUUCAUAGUCUCGUACUUCAUAUAUAAACCUGUAAAUUUGGUAUUUAACAUCGAAGAUUGUUGGAGCAGUGGAGUUUCUAAGAAGACUUUUGCUUCGUGAUUUGGUUUUGUUGGGGGCGUUAAGAGGAGAUUAUUUUGUGCUUUUGAGAGUUUAAGCUUUCUAGUCACGGCAGGACAUGGCUAUCGUUUGUGCAGCUGAAUGAGCAUCUAGUCAGAGAGAAAGACUACACAGGGGAGUGUUCUGGAUUCGUUUUUUAAAGUCAAUUUAGAGUUUCUAUUUUGGUGCUUGAUCAUGGGAAACAGUGAAGAAGGGAAGUCGUGUAAACCUGAGAAACCAUCUUCACCAGCAGCGGAUCAGAAUCAGAACAAUAUUCAGGUGUAUCCUGAUUGGGCGGCCAUGCAGGCAUAUUAUGGCCACCGAGUUGCUGUACCACAAUAUUUCAACUCAGGGAUGACCACUGGUCAUGCCCCUCACCCUUAUAUGUGGGGACCACCACAGCCUAUGAUGCCACCUUAUGGGGCACCUUACGGGGCAAUCUAUGCACAUGGAGGCAUUUAUGCACAUCCUGGAGUUCCUCUCGGAUCUCAUCCACAUGGUCAUGGUGUUCCAGCAUCUCCUUCUAUAAGUGAAGCCAUGGCUGCUUCUACUUUGAGCAUGGAUACACCUGCAAAGUCAUCAGGAAACACUGAUCGAGGCUUAAUGAAGAAGUUGAAAAGUUUUGAUGGGCUUGCAAUGUCAAUAGGCAAUGGUAAUUGUAAUAGUGCCGAGGAUGGAGUUGACCAUGGGCUUUCUCUGAGCGGGGAAACUGGUGGUUCUAGUGAUGGAAGUGAUGGGAAUACAGAAAGGGUGGGUCAAAAUGGAAAGAAAAGAAGCUGCGAGGGCACUCCUAUUACUGCUGGAGAUGGAAAAACAGAGGAAAAGCGCAAUCCAAUUCCUGGCAAAGAAGAAAAUGGAGCUUCUGAGAAGAUAAUGGGUGUUGCUGUUGCUCCUGCUUCUGCAGUGGGAAAAGAGAUGGACACUAAAUUCUCCCCCAGCAUGAGCAUGUCAUUAGAGCUAAGGAAUCCUCACAGUGCGAAUGGGAAGACCAGUCCAACUGGUGUUCCACAACCUUGUCCGAUUAUACCAAAUGAACCCUGGUUACAGAAUGAGAGAGAGCUUAAAAGGGAGAGGAGGAAACAGUCUAAUAGAGAAUCAGCAAGAAGAUCAAGAUUGAGGAAACAGGCUGAGGCAGAAGAACUUGCAAUUAAAGUUGAUUCCUUAACUGCUGAAAAUAUGACUCUUAAAUCUGAAGUUCAUCGGUUAACAGAGAAUUCAGAUAAACUGAAGCUUGAAAAUACUAAACUGAUGGAGAAACUGAAAAAUGUGCAGCUAGAUAAGAUUGACAAGAGGGAGCUACCAAUCGGUACAGAGAAUCUACUUGCAAGGGUCGACAAUUCUGGUUCCAUUGACAGAAACAAUGAAGAGGGUGAUAUGUUCGAGAAUAAAAAAUCUGGUGCAAACCUCCAUCAACUCCUGGAUGGUGGCCGCAGAACCGAUGCAGUUGCUGCUGGUUAGGAGCCUGUUACCUGUGCCUCUUUUCGUCUCAAUUUUAAGUUAAAAUCAUGUGAUUUUGGCAUAUUACAAGCCCAAAAUCACUGCUAACAAAUAUCGAAGGAAAGAAAUAACUGAUAGGAUUGAAGAACUUGACUCUUAAUUUUUACUUAAUUGUAAUUUAGUUCUCUUGGCAGAACUGAUGCGUUUUAAAGUUCAGAGUGCCAGAAAAAGCACUUAUAGUGGAUGUAAAAUGGAGAGACUUCACUUGAGAGAUCCUGUUUAGGGAAUGUAAUAUGAACUAUGUAUCUGGAUUGUGUAAUUAGAGCUCUAAUGUGGUCUAAUUAUUGGCUACGUGGGGAGUGAUUCCCUACAUGAGUGAUGAUAUUUCUAUAAAUCUCUGAUUACACAUCAGUAAAAUGCAUU